AUGUUUGUUCACCCAAACAGCAGUGCACCCACCAUCCAACAACACUCCCCAGGCCUGGCGUCACAUGGUGCAGCGGCUGAACUGCGCAGCCACCAGCUUCGUUACCUCUCUGACGACUCUGACUCAGAGUCGGAACCACCAGCAGACAACUCUGAAUCUGAAGAUAGCGACAGUGAGAUCACUGCUCCAGCAACCAGCAGUACUCGAUUACCAGCUGUGCCAGCCUUGAAGCGACGCAGGGUUGACGUGCUGCACUGUGAGCAGAGGAGGAUGAAGCAGGAGAAGUACCUCGAAGAGCUCAAGGGAGCACUCGCGGCAAUCGAAAAGCAUUUGAAGUCGAAGAAGACGGCUUUCAUUGGAGGUCUGAAUGGGUUGCAAGCCAAACGUGCCCGUUCGAUCCAGAGUUACCUGAUGAUGGUUGUCAAGAAGGGACGUUUAUCAAUUGACGCCUCAAAACGAGCUGCAGAAAGCCAUGGAUUUGCUGCGGAAUGGGGAGGCCGUCAGGUGCGCCGCUGGACCAGGUUAUGGGUGUCAGAGCACAAGCUCCCAGAGUCCUUGCAGGGCCGUCAUGCCAAGGUGUACUCACUCCUGAGUGAUCCUGCAAUCGCUGCAGAGCUGCGUGCAUACAUUCGGUCAAAUAAAUGGGCCAUGAACCCUGACAAGCUUGUUCAGUUCUCCCAAAACAAACUGAUACCUGCCGAAGCAGAUAAAUACCUCAAGCAUGUUGUCGAUGAAGAAAUGCCAUGUGGCCUCAAGCGAUACAUGGAGCUCGAGAUCUUUCCCUGUAUUCACCUGAAGGUCAGCCAUGGCAUCUCACUGAAUACUGCACGUCGAUUUGCAAAUGAUGCGGUGGAUCAAUACUGGGUAUUUGAGGAUGAAUUUCGACUGCGUAAGAAGGGAGCGGGUCGUGGUCUUCAUCGCAGUGAUGUCAUUUGUUCAACCAUCGGCCACUUGGUUGAAGCAGGGGAGUCGUUGGAAUAUGGAAAGAACUAUGAUGGUUAUUGGCGUGGCGAACACUUCUGCAAUCAGCUCAAAGAUAAAAUCAUCCCUGCAUUUGAGCAGGCUCACGGCCCAGGCUACCAAGCAUUGUUCCUCAUCGACAACUCACAGGGACAUGCUGUAUACUCUGAAAAUGCUCUCCUUGUCAGCCGCAUGAAUGUCAACCCGGGUGGGAAACAGGCGCACAUGCGAAAUGGCUGGUUCAUUCAUGAUGGCAUUCGCAUUGAGCAGGAAAUGAUGUUCCCAACCAAUCAUCCUGAGCACCCUGGAGAGCCAAAGGGCAUAAAAACCAUCCUCACAGAACAUCACUGCGACUGUACUUUCGAGACGCUGAAAGAUAGUAUGCCACGAGCCCUGGCAUCUGUCGAGUUGCAGAGUAUCCGUCUGUGGGAACAUCGGACACACAGGUGGAUAGAAGCUUAUCAGUUGGGGCUUGGGAUAAAAGAUGCUCAGCUUAAGGUUCGGCAGUUCAGUUCAAUGAAAUACAAGUCCCACAGACGUGUUCCAGAAACAGUAGCGCAGCUCUUCGACUAA